AGAGCCGCUUUUAUGAGAUCUGAUACCGAGAGUUGAUUUGGGAAAUGAGGUUCAGAAAAAAAAUAAUAAUAAUUCGGAGUCCAGAGCAACUUGCUUGGAAACAGUAAUGAAGAAAAAUAUACGACAUAGCGAUUGCUCACUUGAGAGCGGCGGCUGAGUUUAUUGAUGAGCUUGGUUUUUAAAUAUGGUGGCGAAGAACUGAUUAGGUACAUGCAUCAACGUCUUCUGUCUGGUUGAAAUUAUCAUGGGAUAAGCUAUGGUAGUUCUAUCAUGGAACAGAUAUUCACAAUGCGCCAAAUCGUGAGAGCCACUUGAGAGUCCAAACACGAUAUUAAGGCAGUCAUAAUUUUGAAGUCGUCGACAAUUUCGUCGCUCUUAGAAUGAGCAUCAACACCCACAGCAAUGUCAGCCUUAAAUUCCCACGCAGAACCACUUUUGCUAACAGAUUUUACUUUGGGCUAAAUAGGUAAUUUUGGCAGGGAAUGUCAAGCUCUCCGAGUGUAUUUUUGUCAUGAAUUAAAGGCUCUUCAAAAGAACCGUCGCUGUAAGUCGCUUUAUUCGUUUGAAAACUAUCAAGACACAUACCACGUUAUCGGAGGAGGAGCUCGGCCGAAUGCCACUUUGAGAGUAUGCAAUAAAGCAGUAAAGUAGGGGACUAUGCAUAUGUACGCCGGCAGAAAUAACAGAUAGAGAAGAUCCUAGUCUCAAUUUUUUUCUAAAACUGAUACCGAUCUUGCAAAAGUCUGGGGAUUCGGCUAAGCUGUAUCUAGGUCAAUUAGUAGGGAGAGGAUAUAUUUGCACAUAUUUCUAUAUAUUUUUGGACUAAUAAUUUUAGAGUUGUAGAAAAAGUGGCUCAAAAGUAGUAAAAAAGCAAAACAUUUCGGUUCAACAUGCUCAAAAAUAUUCGAAUAAGCUUCAAAUGGCCGAGUUCGUGAAAUUUCGAGUAAUGAGCAUUGAUCCCGGAUGAUCGGUUCGCACCAACAUUGGUCAAGCAAAAUCUUGAAACUUUCUUGAAUUUUAAUCUUUCUUUCAAAAUUUUUUUAUGAAAUUACUUUUUCUUACAACGAGUAUCCUUUCGAAAUCGAAUAAAAAUGAUUUCAUAAUGCUUUCCAAACCACAGUUAAUUGCAUAAGCGCUAAAUUAAAUAAAAUCUAAUUGACCUUAGCUAGUUAUAUUAUACUCACAUAAAUCCUGAAACCUCUUGACCAUUUAUUUGCUUGGCAAUUUGGCAAAUCAUAAAAAUUGCAAAUGACUUUAUUGCAGAACGAGAGCAGUCAGAAGUGGGCUAGCGCAAGGGAAAGCCAUAAUUAAUUGGUAAACAAAAAGGAGUAUUUGCCCAAAGCUCAGCGACUAAUUUUAUUUAAACAUUUAUGAGGAACUCAAAUUGAAGUCGCUAUAUAAUUGAAGGUUAAGUGGCUUUGAGGAACAGUCAGUUCUGAUCUAUUGAAUUACAAGUUAUUCGAAAGACCAAAGAGGGAAAUGCUGGCUGCAAAUUUAUUAAAUAGUUUUUAUUGGACGAGAAUGUUUGGAGUGCUAAUGCAAACCUCUCUGCUACGCACCACAACUUGCAUCAUUUGGCCUGACAAUGAGAACUUCACCAUCAACUGGCAGCAGGCCAAUCCACCAGCUGCGGCAGUCGUAAAUAUACGCCGCCAUGACUUGGAAGCUUCAUUUGCCAAAGAUGUAGUUGACUUUGCGGCCAAGCGUGUGGAGCUACUUAAUGACUAUGUGGUCUUAAAUCCGUUUGUAGAGAAAUUAACAUUGUCAAUAGAAAAGUCUCAUUGUCAAAGCUUUAUAGCCUUUCAAUUGGAUAUACCAAUUUUUAUUGAUGCCAUAAUUAAUGCCAGUCGUUAUUCCAUUUGGCGUUCAGCAAAUAAUAAAUUUUUGUUUGUUUACAAUGAAGGUGAUUUGUCCGAGGAGCACUUUCAACAUCGAUUUUUCGAAGAUCAAUCCAGCAUACUUUUGGUUGAGAGAUCCAUUGGAAACCCUGCAUUGUUUGAUUUGAAAACUAAUAAAUUUGUUGGCUCACGAGCUGAUAACCCGAAGCAACUCUAUCCACUCGAUCGCUUCAAUGCUGAGAGCAAUACAUUUCAGUAUGGCAACGAUCUAUUUCCAGAUAAGCUUUCCGAUUUACAAGGACGUGAAGUUAUUUUAGCAGCUUUUGAUUAUAGACCAGAUGUGGUUUUGAAAUAUUAUCCUGGCGCUCCAUCACGUGACAGAGCCUUUGCUACCAACGACACGAGCGGCCAUGUAGAGCUGGACGGCACAGAGGAGAGAAUUUUAUCCACAUUUUGUGAGAAGCAUAACUGUUCAGUACACAUUGAUACAUCUGAGGCCGACGACUGGGGUAUUGCCUAUAGAAAUAUGACCGGCGAAGCCGCUCUCGGUAUGCUAGCAAGAGGAAAAGCGGAGGUUGGUAUGAGCGCGAUGUAUACCUGGUACGCCGAUUAUGUAGCGCUGGAUAUGUCAAUGUAUAUUGGACGUUCGGGCAUUACCUGUGUAGUACCGGCACCCAAACGACUCGCUAGCUGGCUUUUACCUAUUGAACCCUUUCAACCGGCGCUCUGGGCUUUCGUGUUCGCCUGUUUGUGCGUGGAAAUUAUAGCAUUACUCUUUAUAGAUCACUUUCGACCAAUAAUCAUAGCACUGAGUGAAAAUAUGCGUUUGCCUUUUAAAAAUAGUUGGGCUCGCAAUUUUGAAUAUGCCUUCUCUACAACAAUGAUGCUCUUCGUCUCCCAAUCGAAUAAGGGUACGAUGGUGAACUUUGCGCCACUGAGGUUAAUGCUCUUCGCUAGUUUCUUGAAUGAUAUCGUUGUAACGAGUAUUUAUGGUGGCGGUUUAUCCAGCAUAUUGACUGUGCCUAGCUUUGGACAAGCGGCUGAUUCGGUAGAGCGUCUUUAUGCUUUCCAACUCAAAUGGGGUGCAGACUCUGAAGCCUGGGUGGCCGGUAUAAGGGAUGACGACAGCGAAAUCAUGAAGGGUCUUUUGCGCAAUUUCAAAAUCUACACAGCUGAAGAAUUGACGGUUUUGGCUGAAACUCAGGAAAUGGGCUUUACCAUAGAGCGCCUGCCAUUUGGUCAUUUUGCCGUACAGGAUCAUUUGACUAGCAGCGUUUUAAGUAAAAUGAAAAUUAUGAUUGAAGAUAUUUACUUUCAAUAUACCGUUGCAUUCACGGCACGUAUGUGGCCAAUGUUGGAUAAUUUUAAUGAAAUGGUUGUCAUGUGGCACUCCUCGGGUCUGGACAAAUUUUGGGAGUGGCGCAGUGUUGCAGACUACUUGGAUGGCAACAUACAGAAGCAACUAAUGGCCUCACAGUAUUCGAAUUUAGAUGAUAUUGGUCCAGUUAAGUUGGGCAUGUCGAACUUUGUAGGCAUGUUGCUGCUAUGGCUACUGGGUAUAGUUUUUGCGUUUCUGGCUUUUUUGGGGGAACUGCUAUUGGAUCGCAUGAAGCGCGCCAAGCAGUUGGCAGCGCUUGAUGUGGAUGAAAUGAGUGGUGGUAUAAAAUUCAAUUGAUUAUACUGAAUUCUGUUACUUGAUGACGUAAAUAUUUAAAUAAAUGUGAAUGAUAUUAGUUUUAGCAAUCAAAUACUAUUGAUUGUCAUUUCAGUCAAUAUUCAUUAGAUUUAAUUUAUUUAAUAUUUUUUUAUUGC